GAAGUCAUGUCUGUCCCUGGUUCCGCGGUGACUGGGACCUCGGCGUCCGUUCUGCAACCGCGAUGGAAACGGGUCCUCGGAUGGUCGGGUCCCGUUCCCCGGCCCAGACAUGGACACAGGGCUGUGGCGAUAAAGGAACUGAUGGUUGUGUUUGGCGGUGGAAAUGAAGGGAUAGUGGAUGAAUUACAUGUCUAUAAUACCGCAACAAACCAGUGGUUUAUCCCUGCUGUUCGUGGUGACAUUCCACCUGGUUGUGCCGCUUAUGGUUUUGUCUGUGAUGGCACAAGAUUGCUGGUAUUUGGUGGUAUGGUGGAAUAUGGAAAAUACAGCAAUGAUCUCUAUGAACUACAGGCCAGCAGAUGGGAGUGGAAAAAGUUAAAAGCAAAAAAUCCCAAAAAUGGCCCCCCUCCUUGUCCCCGUCUUGGUCACAGUUUUUCCUUGGUGGGAAACAAAUGCUACUUGUUUGGUGGACUCGCCAAUGACAGCGAGGACCCAAAAAACAACAUUCCCAGAUACCUGAAUGAUUUGUACAUACUCGAGCUUCGUGCCGGGUCCAGCGUUGUCGCAUGGGAUAUUCCAAUCACAUAUGGAGUCCUGCCUCCUCCUCGAGAGAGCCACACUGCAGUGGUUUACACAGAGAAGCUGAGUAGAAAAUCCCGACUGAUCAUUUAUGGAGGGAUGAGUGGAUGCCGUCUUGGAGAUCUAUGGACUCUAGAUAUCGAUACCUUAACAUGGAACAAACCAUCAGUGAACGGCACAGCACCACUCCCUAGGAGUCUACACUCUGCCACUACAAUCACAAAUAAGAUGUAUGUUUUUGGUGGCUGGGUUCCUCUGGUAAUGGAUGAUGUCAAAGUGGCCACACAUGAAAAGGAGUGGAAAUGCACAAACACCCUGGCCUGCUUAAAUCUUGACUCCAUGUGCUGGGAGACGGUGUUGAUGGACACCCUUGAAGACAACAUUCCCAGGGCCCGUGCUGGCCACUGUGCUGUGUCUAUCAAUUCUAGACUUUAUGUUUGGAGCGGCCGUGAUGGUUACCGCAAAGCAUGGAACAACCAAGUCUGUUGUAAAGACCUGUGGUACCUGGAAACUGAGCGGCCGCAUGCCCCUGCUCGGGUGCAGUUGGUCCGUGCCAAUACAAACUCCCUGGAAGUGAGCUGGGGUGCAGUUUCGACUGCAGACACAUAUUUGUUGCAGCUGCAGAAAUAUGACAUCCCCGCAACUCCAGCUGCAGCCUCGCCAGCAAUGGGUUCACUCCCCUCGCAACCUGUGAAUUCUCCUAAGAGUCCCGCUCCAGCUGCUGCGGCCCCCUCUCCACAGAAUCUGCCACAAACUGCUGUGUUGAAGGUUGCCACUCAGCAAUCUGCCACAGGCGCAUCAGUUGUCACAGUCCGCCCGACACAGCCUGGGAAAUCUCCUGUCACUGUGACAUCCCUUCCUCCUGGUGUCAGAAUGGUUGUGCCAGCUACCCAAGGAUCGCCAAUUGGAAGCAGCCCUCAGAUGAGUGGCAUGGCAGCUUUGGCUGCUGCAGCUGCAGCCACACAGAAGAUUCCGCCGUCCUCUGCUGGAACAGUCCUCAAUGUUCCCGCAGGCGCCACAAUUCUCAAAACAGUUGCCGUUUCCCCUGGCACAACCACAGUCAAAGUUGCUUCCCCAGUCAUGGUUAGCAAUCCUGCCACCCGUAUGCUGAAGACUGCUGCAGCUCAGGUGGGCACCGCAGGCACGUCUUCCCCCACUACUACCACCAGGCCCAUCAUCACUGUGCACAAGUCUGGCGCGGUCACUGUGGCUCAGCAGGCCCAGGUAGUAACCACUGUGAUGGGAGGAGUUACCAAGACAAUCGCCUUGGUCAAGAGUCCCCUCACCAUGGGCAGUGGUGGCACUCUGAUCUCCAACCUUGGCAAGAUGAUGUCAGUGGUCCAAACGAAGCCAGUGCAGACAUCAGCUGUGACAGGCCAGGCUUCAACCAACCCUCUGACCCAAAUAAUUCAGGCAAAGGGUCCCCUGCCAGCUGGUACCAUUUUGAAACUGGUGACUUCUGCGGAUGGAAAGCCUGCAACGAUCAUUACCACCUCCCAGGCUGGAGGUGCCGGAAACAAGCCCACAAUCCUUAAUAUCAGUGGAGUCUCUUCAAAUGCAGCUAAACAGGGCCCGACUAUUAUUAAAACCAUCCCGAUGUCGGCCAUCAUGACCCAACCUGGAGCAACAGGUGUAACGAGCAGUACCGGGAUGAAAACACCCAUUACAAUCCUCACGACCAAAGUGAUGACCACUGGAACACCUGGCAAAAUUAUCACUGCAGUGCCCAAGCUAGGCGCAGCAGCUGGCCAACAGGGAUUGACACAGGUCGUUUUGAAAGGUGCCCCGGGUCAGCCAGGGACUAUUUUGCGCACUGUACCCAUGAGCACAGUAGGCGGGGUUCGACUUGUUACUCCAGUGACGGUAUCUGCCGUUAAACCCACUGUCACAACCCUAGUUGUCAAGGGAACAACUGGAGUCACCUCUCUUGGAACAGUGACUGGUACAGUCUCCACAAGCCUGGCAGGUGGCACUGUGGACACUGCUAACGCAUCACUGGUUACUCCCAUCACCACAUUGGGGACCAUUGCUACCCUUUCCAGUCAGGUCAUCAGCUCACCUGCGAUAACUGUGUCAGCUGCCCAGACCACUCUAACGUCUGCAUCCACGUUGCCCUCCUCCACCAUUACAGUGCAGAAUCAACCCACCCAGGUGACUCUGAUCACAACUCCCAGUGGUGUAGAAGCCCAGCCUGUGCAGGAUUUACCAGUAUCAAUUCUGGCUUCACCCACUUCUGAGCAGCCCAGCUCCUCUGAGGCUGGAGCUGCUGGGGAUGGGUCCGGGACUGUUACAUUGGUCUGCUCUAACCCGCCGUGUGAGACGCACGACACCGGAACUACUAAUACAGCCACGACAUCGUCUGCCAGCAUUGGUGCAGUGCAAAUUUGCUCCAAUCCACCUUGUGAAACCCACGAAACAGGAACCACCUCCACUGCCACCACCUCCUCCGCUACAAUUGGAGCAGGACAGGUCUGCUCUAACCCGCCCUGCGAGACCCACGAAACGGGAACCACCAACACAGCUACAACGGCAUCCUCAAAUAUGGCCACUCUUCGCGUCUGUUCCAACCCGCCAUGUGAAACCCACGAAACUGGAACAACCAACACGGCAACCACAGCCUCAGCUAGCAUGGGAGUACAGCAGGUGUGCUCCAAUCCUCCAUGCGAGACUCAUGUGACCGGUACCACCAACACAUCCACUCAGGCAUCUUCCAACAUGAGUGAAAGCCAGACCAGCACAGUGCAGAGGGUUUGCUCCAACCCUCCUUGCGAAACCCAUGAGACCGGAACAACGAAUACGUCGUCGACGGCCACCUCCAGCAUGGGAGGAGACCAGACCACUUCAGCAACUGGUGCCGUUCAAAGAGUUUGCUCCAACCCCCCUUGUGAAACACAUGAAACCGGGACCACCAACACAGCCACUACUGCCACCAGCAGUCUUGAGACAGGAGAAGGCACAGCAGCUCAGCAGACAGAGGAUGUAACCGAAGCCACCAGCAGCACUGAAGAGGCCUCAUCCACUGCAACAGCUGUUACUGCCACCCAGGGCAGGGCCAUCACUACUGUCACUCAGUCCACGCCUGCCCCCGGGCCAUCCGUACCUUCAAUCUCGUCAAUCACCGAGGGGGUGAGCACUGCAGCUAGUUCAACUGAAGAAGAACCCAUGCAGACUGAAGCAACCGCACCUGCAGAAGUGGCGCCUGCAGAGGAGGAACCCACUCCUAUGGAAACUCAGGCAGAAGGAGACGCAGCAACAGUCGACACAGCAGCAGUCGACGCAGCAGCAGUUGCCACAGCCACAGCUUUGAACCUGCCGUCUGAACUCAUGUCUGAAGGCCAGGGAGCCACGUUGAUGGUAACGGGACUGUCAGACGAAGAACUCGCCGUCACAGCGGCAGCAGAGGCCGCCGCUCAGGCAGCGGCUACUGAAGAGGCACAGGCACUGGCCAUCCAAGCGGUCCUUCAGGCCGCCCAACAAGCUGUAAUGAAUGAAGGCGAUGCAUCCGGAGAGGCUCAGCAAACAACCGGCAUCCCCAUCAUGCUGACACAGCAGGAGCUUGCAGCACUGGUCCAGCAGCAGCAGCAGCUACAGGAGGCCCAGGCUGCCGCCCAGCAGGGCACCGUCGACACGAGCAUGCCCACUGAGGGUCUCGCUCCGGCCGACAGCCUCAACGACCCCUCCGUAGAGAGUAACGGACACAGUGAGAUGGCUGCUGCGGUAACCAGUGCGGUGGCCGCCCUACUGCCACGUACCACCGCUGAAACGCUUGCUCCUUCGAGUACAUUUGCGCCAGCUGUGUCGGUAGCCAGUCCGGCCAAGCUGCAAGCAGCAGCUGCGCUCGCUGAAGUAGCCAAUGGCAUUGAGGGAGAGAAGCAAGCCCCUCAGCCGACCCCUGUGAAGCCUGCUGUAAAGAAAGAGAACCAGUGGUUUGAUGUUGGAAUUGUCAAAGUGACAAAUAUGGUUGUCACACACUUUUAUGUACCGGCAGAUGAUUCUCAAGGAGAUGACGACUCUGGAGUCAUUCCAGACUACAGCCAGAUGAAGAAAAUGGAGCUUCAGCCAGGAACGGCGUACAAGUUCCGUGUAGCUGGAAUCAAUGCAUGCGGCCGCGGCACCUUCUCUGAGAUCUCAGCUUUCAAGACUUGUUUGCCCGGAUUCCCCGGUGCACCGUGCGCCAUCAAAAUCAGCAAGAGCCCCGAUGGCGCUCACCUGACCUGGGAGCCUCCCUCAGUGACGUCAGGGAAGAUCAUCGAGUAUUCCGUGUACCUGGCCAUCCAGAGCAACCAGACAGCCGAGGCCAAGGCCUCUACCCCGGCCCAGUUAGCGUUUAUGCGUGUGUACUGUGGACCCAAUCCCUCUUGCCUGGUGCAGUCUUCCAGUCUCUCCAACGCUCACAUCGACUACACCACCAAGCCAGCCAUAAUAUUCCGCAUCGCUGCCCGAAACGAGAAGGGCUAUGGUCCUGCCACUCAAGUUCGAUGGCUGCAGGAAUCUGGCAAAGACGGUGCCUCCGCAAAACCGGCACCCAAAAGACCAGGCACCUCACCUGAUACUAAGACUACUGGUCCAAAGAAAGCAAGGACGGACCAGUGA